AUGGGCCUUUGGCCAUUCGGUGGAGGCAAGAAAGCCCGAACAAGCCACGGCCAAGAUCAAGGCCAACAAACCCUCCUUGAGAAGUCGCGGCCGGAUUUUGGUUCGGGAAGGAAAAUAAGCUCGCCGCAAGAGGUCGCGACUAUGAGCCGUGGAGGACAAGACGAGAAGCCCCGAAGGCUUUCUAAACAACGGCUACCACCUCAGCCAGGAAAUGUCUCCCGGGUGCAGACUGCGCCUGUCAACGUGCCAGGUCAGGACUCAAAAGCAUACAGACAUGGGACCGGCGCAGCGGCUGUGGGCGACCAAGGCCCCGACAUGUAUGCACACAACCCGAUGUCACAAACGAGCAUUGGUCACGAAGACUUUACAGCCCUGCCGCAGGCCCCCACGUUGCUGGCCAGGCGUCCUGGAUACGAUCCGACGCUGCACCGAAGGAAGUCAAGCAAGAGAAAAGCCGAGGACUAUGCUCGCGAAAGGGAAGUGCGAGCCAUGAGCUCGCCCGUACACGGCCUGAAGAGGCCAAUUACAUAUUCAGGCUCCGGUCCACUCCGGCGAGAUACUAAACAGAUUCCUGGAGACCUCAAUCGAAGACUGCAGCGACCUACGUCGGAAGUCUCCUUGCCGCUACCGGAAACAAUCCUGGAGUCCGAAGAACUUUCUAACCAAGCUUCCUUUAAGAUCGGAUUUCUGGCAGCACUGAGUCCCAGACCGACGUUGACCUAUGUCGCCGACCCUCGACCAUCAGUUGGAAAGCAACCUGCGAGAGUGAAGCCUUCGGUUGAGCAAGCCAUUCAGGAAGAGGACCCCUCUUCGAGGAAAAGAAUCAACGAGCUCGCAGACGACCUUGAUGCUGGUGGGUUGAGGGAAUUGAUGGAAAGGGAUCGAAAGCGCAGAGAGAAGAAAAAGGAGGCAGACCGUGCUCGCCUGGAGCGAAAGCUCCAACGCAAGGCCGACAGGCAGCGGGAGGAGGAAUUACGUGGUCGCCGGCUCAAUGAUCCAUCCGACAACCUGAUGAAUUUCAGGCCUCAGGCUAGGGAAGGAAGGGGCCACGGUCUUUUCGCCACCGAACCAGACACAUCGCCAUCAGCCAUGGCAGAAACGCCUCCCAGCACCCAACACAAACCGGUCGAUCCAUUUGCUGAUCCGAGAAGUCCGCCGGCUCGGCCCGUGCAGCCCAUUCGAAACCCGUUCGAAGACGAAAAAGACAUUGAUAUCACCCCAGAUGCAUUCGGCCAUGAAGAAGAGCCCCCGCUGCCGGUCAGAUCCCCGCUACGAACGGUAUCUCCCGCUCAAGUCAAGGGAGAGCGAAUUCCGCAUCAGGCAGCGACGAUUUCCCCUCCAGUAUCUCCUGUUCAGCGACCUUCGGACCGCCAGAGCCUAUCGCAAACCAGCGGGCUUGGUCGCGAACUCACCCCUGAAGUUGCAGAGCAAGGAUCGCUGGAUCGACGUGCUUCGGAUCAGAGCAACCAACAGCUGAGUUCUUGGACCAGCUUCUUCAGGCGGGGCGGUAGACGAAAAGCCAGCACAACUGAGCGCGGGCGAAGCACUCCGUCCGAGUUCUCAAAUACAUCGCGAGAGUCAUUUGCCGCUCGCAAGCAACAGCCUCCCCCCGUGGUGGUGCCCCGAUCAUUCCGCAGAUCUGACGCCUCGUCGGUUCCUCAACGAACCAUGUCCAAAUUCCGCGAGGAUUUGCCCGAACUGCCCAUCUCACCGCCUGAUUCUCGUGUUCAGUCUCCGGAAGCGAUGACCAGUCCGCAGGCCGGGCAAGCGUCCAGGCAACAUCGACCCUCGCUCUCUGGGACCCUGGAUAAUCGAAGUUUGGCCACCAGUUCGAGCAACGCAGCUCUAGAUCGCGCCACAACCGAAGCCCAUCAUUCUCAAGGUAUAGAUAUAGAAUCAGGGGAAGGAGCAGCGGCAGUACCAUUAUCUCAGUCGCUCGCAUCCGUUGACUCGGAAGGAUCGUGGCUCUCUGGAAGACCUCCAAAGAGACUCUCUGGCCCCAUGAGCCACCCUCUCCGACAAAGCCAGUCCUCAAUCCCACCACAAUCUAUGCCGGGAUCGUUUGGACCAGAGGAUGAUGACCUCGCCAAUGAUGAGUACUUGAACAGGUUAACUCCGGGACCCGGACGACACCGAGACUCUGUAACCUCGGCAGAUCGGAGAGCUAGCAGCAAUGUGAUUGACUUGGAGCGCGAGAGGCAACAGAGUCCCGUGCCCGAGGUUCCGCAAAUACCAGCUAGUCAAGGCGGGGAUGAGACCUGGCAUACUGGCAUUGCACGACAACCGACUGUGGUUCGUCAAGCCACCCGCGCAAAAUCCACAGAGGGACUCUUGAACGAGGCGGGCAGAGGUAUGCCAGGGGCCUCUCGGCGAGCCAGCACGGAAGGUGACGAGGAUGAAGGCGAAAGUACCGUGCCAGGAGAGGUUGCGGGGGCAGAAUUACAAGAGGCAACCUUGUUGCGUGCAAGAAGCGUGGAUUACAAGAACAAGGGGCACGCGCGCCAUAUGAGUGCAGGAAGUGCCCGGUUGCUUGACAUUCGCCGCUCGUCGAUACAGUCAGAAAGUACGCCCCGGAGUCCCAGCUUUCCCCAGAUUGUAUCACCAAUUCAACGGGAUCAGCGAGCACCCUCACAGGAGUGA